AUGGCAUCUCAGCAGCAGGCGCAGAAACUGGCCCGCGCCAAGGCUAGAAGAACCGCGAACAACAACUACCAGAGACUGAUCAAGACACUAUACUCGAAGCUGAGGAAGCUCAACGAGAUAUACAAUGCCGAUAUCUACUUCGUGGCACGGCGCAAUGGCCGUAUUGUCGAAUGCGCAUCCGCGGACGCGACAGGCCGCAGGCCGUGGUCACCUCCAGACCGAGCAGCCCUUGUGAGUACCUCCUUGCUUUGCGAUGACCACAACGAUUGA